AUGGCUACCGUGAAAAAGUCUGCAACCGUUCGGGCCCACCCUCCAGCAAUCAAGAUGGUGGUUGCCGCUAUCGUGGCACUGAAGGAGAAAAACGGUUCGUCCAGUCAAGCCAUCAGAAAGUACAUCAAGGACACAUUCCAAGUCGACAUGGACAGGCAGGCCGUUUUCAUCCGAAAAGCCCUCAAUACCGGUGUGCAGAAGGGAGUUCUUAUCCAGACCAAGGGCAAGGGAGCUUCCGGUUCAUUCAAAUUGGACCCAGCAAAGGACAAGGCCAAGGAACAGGCGGAGAAGGUCAAAGAACGAGCCAAGGCCAAGAAAGAGAAGGAUCAAGCAAAGAAAGCAGAGAUGAAAGCCAAGAAAGCAGAGAAAGCCGCAGCCAAGAAGGAGAAGGCCAAGAAAACCAAGAUAACCAAGAAGAAGACUCCAAAGAAAAUCGUCAAGAAGACACCCACCAAGAAAGUUGCAGCCAAGAAAACAGCAGCCAAGCCAUCAAAGAAAGUCGCCAAGCCCAGCAAAGCCGCAAAGAGUCCAAAGCCAAAGCUUCUUACGAAACGAUUCCCUCGCAUCAUCUCUCUCUAUCAUCAUGGCUACCGUGAAAAAGCCAUCAAAGAAAGUCGCCAAGCCCAGCAAAGCCGCAAAGAGUCCAAAGCCAAAGGCAAAAAAGGCCACCAAAGCAGCAAAGCCGAAGAAGACCACCAAGCCAAAGAAAUGUAUCAACUUGCAUACUUCUGCCCUAAGCACCAAUAA